CUCAUAUUUAGGUAGGUAGGUAAUUGCCAGAAACGAGAGGAGCCCUACUAAGAUACUAGGUGCUCAUCCUCCUUUCUAAUCUGCAAACGUCCCAAUAUGGCAGACUGGUCGCUACAGGGAGAGGUUGAGGCCCUUACUUAUCCGCCUGUGCCCUCAAAUUUCGGUGCGAAUUAUUGCGAGACAAUCCGUCAAGAUACGUAUGAUUACAUCGACCCCGUGACUAAGUCGGAUUGCAAGGGGAAGGCCGUCUUGAUAACAGGAGGGAACAAGGGAAUUGGUAAAGGAGUUGCCCUAUCCUACGCAAGAGCCGGCGCAUCUCAUAUCGCCAUUACCUCCCGCUCAGAUGCUGCCGAUGUCGCCACAAGUGUUGAAAAAGCCGCGAUAGAUGCUGGCCGGGAACGGCCAGUAGUGAUGCUGCUACGAAUGGACGUCUCCGACCCAGAGAGCGUGAAAGAUGCCGCCCACGCUUUAGAGGCGAAUUGGGGUCGGCUGGACGUUCUAAUCGGCAACGCAGGCUUCCUAGCGAAAUACGAGAGAAUCUUAGACGGGGACGAAGACGAGUGGUGGAAAAGCUUCGAGGUCAAUGUUCGCGGAAGUUAUCUCGUCGCCAAAGCUUUCCUACCCCUGAUGCUGAAAGGUGGUGAUAAAACUAUCAUCAGCAUGUCAUCGACUGGAGUCUCACACUUCCACACUGGCGGCAGUAGCUAUCAAAUCAGCAAGCUUGCUCUUUUAAGACUCACAGAGUAUUUGAUGGCGGAAUACGCCGAACAGGAUAUCCUAACUUAUUCCAUACACCCAGGCGGGGUAGCGACAGAUUUAGCCCGAGGGCUUCCGCAACAGACACAAGCAUGGCUCAAGUGCACGCCAGCUUUAGGUGGUGAUACAAUCGCGUUUCUGACAAGCCAAAGACAGACUUGGCUGGCCGGAAGAUACAUCAGUGCUAUGUGGGAUAUGUGCGAGUUCUUUUCUAAGAAAGAUGAGAUUAUCGCAAAAGAUUCUCUAAAGAUGAAGAUGACCUUUUAAAUUUUAAACCAGUUGUCGCGAUGCGAACUCGGCAUAAGGAGGACAGUAGGGCUAUUGCACGGCGAGCCCGACACUAUUCUCGCUUACCUACAAGGUAGUAGGUAGAUAGGGAUAUUGUAUACCUAGUUCACAUAGAUUCCUCCAUUUAUAAGGAGAGUAAUGGCAGGCUAGGUAGGUGUUAUCAAUUAUCGUUUACCUAGCAAUUAUGAGAC